CGACUAUACUACACGAACAUACGCAACACCUGAACUAGAUCAUAGGCUAUGGCGUGUCACGUUGGUGUCCUACCAGCAGAUCUACUGCAUGUUCUGUCUCGUCGCCUGGAGGAUACCACGGCACCGGAUACUCAGUAUGAUGGAGUUGAGGACAACGGGCUUUGUUUCUUGAGAUUACCUCAUCCGCGGACAGGCAUACCUUCGUUGUUCUUGCCGUACGAAGUACCCGGAGAACAGGAGAGCACAAUUCUAGAGGUGCAAGCUGUCGAACCACCCAAUCCCAGAUCGUGGUUCUUGCGAGAAGAGGUCGUAGAAGACGGAAAGCUUCUCAUGAUGACCCCGAUUGAUCCUGCCUUUAUACUCAUACCCUUGCUACGAGUGACCCUUCCGACAGAUGGUCCGGGCAACUUCCUUCCUCCAGAGGAUCUUAUAGAGGACGCUGCAAACAAGUUACCGUCCGCACAUUCGGAGAAUUCGUUGUCAGCGAACGAUGUUGUACGGCUCUCGUCUCUGCGCUGCAUCCAUGCUGCUAUGCGGCAUGUCUGCGAUUUUAAAGAAAUCUCACCAGACAUCACGGUGUAUCGAUACUCGGCCGAGCGCGUCCAGACAUACUUGCGAAGUAAGGUCGAGCGAUUAUCACACAAGGAUGUCUCCGAGAUGUCGCGUACGUUGACUCGAAGUCUGGUAAAGGAUGGUUUCAUGGAGGACGGCAAGGACGAGUUGUUGAAAGCGGCUCGUCUCCGCACUGCUUGCGACCUCGUAUCCCAGUACCUCGCUCGGGAUGUCUAUGAGCAGCUCCUUUCAUCUUUUGACUUCGCCGCGUUGGAUACGCACAUGAAGGUACUGAAGGAUGAAGCUAUGGCGCUUGCUGCGGUGAACAUGAACGCCGUUGAAGCAAAGGAGAGCAAGAGCGAGGCCAAAGACUCAAAGGAUGCGGGCAGCGACAAAAAGCGCAAAUCUAGGGAAUCAACAGGAGUCGAGAAGCUGAAGAAAGCGAACACAAAGGGCAUGGCUAAGCUUUCGACCUUCUUCCAGAAGAAGUGAGUUGUCGUCGCAGUGGGGCUUUGUUCCGGUAUACUGCGUACUCUGUACUCAUACUUGAGGCCCAGUGAGAACCUUCCCUGUUGCUCACGAUUCUCAUCUUUUUCGGCCCGUUUCAGUCCGCCCAAAAGGCAGAAGUAGUCAGAUAUCCACAUGUAUGUAGGUGAAUGCAUA